UAUUAAACCGGUUUAUGAAUUGUGAAUCCAAACAUAACCAACAAUGAGCAAACUUAGUCGUCCUAAACACAACUCGAAGAAGAAGAGAAGAACCCUAAAAAUGGAGAUUUUAGAAGUGACAUUGGUCAACGUCUUGGUGAGGUUUCCAUUGAAGAGCAUCGCGAGAUUCAGAUCAGUGAGUAAAGAAUGGAAAUUGCUAAUUGAUUUAGACUUCUUCAGAGAUUUCUACAUCUCUUUCAAAUCAUCUUCGUCAACCUCAUGGUCGAUCAUUCAAACGAACCCUCACAAGCUCGCUCUUGAAAUCGUCGGUCACCAUGGAUGCGAAAGGUGGGGACUUUCUCGUUCCUUUGGAUCUUUAGUAAGUUUCUUUGCUGAGACAACGAUCAGUAAACUAAAUGUCUUAGCUUGUACAGAUGGGUUGGUCUCGAUUUGUGUAGAAACUAGUGAUGGGUCUCCGAUGCAUUACAUUGGAAACCCUUUGUUGAAGGAAUGGUUUCGAAUCCCUCAGCCUCCUUUUCGUAAUUUUGAGAAAUUGCGGAAGCACGAGAGGUUUAGUAACAGUGGAUUGGUUACAAAGAUGGAGAAUGGUGUCGUUGUGAGUUACAAGGUUGUGUGGUUGUUGACUCAUGUUGCUAAGGUCGAGUUUAUGAUUUACUCAUCUGAUACAGGGAUGUGGGAAAGACGAUUUGUAACUUGUUUGCAUACUGCUAUGUGGUCUAGUCAGGACAAGUCGAUUGCUUUGAAUGGGUUUCUUCAUUGGCUUUCUAAUCUCACUAGUUCUAUUAUCGCCUAUGAUUUCUAUGGAGGUUGUAAUGGUGUUGAUGAUGGGUUUCAUAUCAUACCUUUCCCUUUUAGUGGAAAAGAUGAGAUAUUGCGUUUUAGGAGAACCUUUACAACCUCGGAAGGGUCUAUUGUGUAUUUCAAUGAGUUUUGUGAGAAUGAAAACCGCAUAUUACGGGUUUGGAGGUUGAGAAAGUAUACUGAUGGUCCUCAGGCAUGGCAGCUCCUUUGGGAUGUUAGCUUGGUGUCUUUGAUCGAGUUAGGUAUCAUUUAUUUCCCUGUGGUGAUGCAUCCUUUGAACUCUGAGAUCAUCUACUUCUGGAACAGGAGCCAGAAAGGUCUGAUCCUUUUUAACUUGAGGACAAAAGUGUUUACUCUUCACAAGGAAAGUGAAGACGUUCGUAAGUGUAUGGAUGGUUGCGUCUUGAGUUUUAACUGGUGCAGCGAGUAUAUGGAGAGCAUCUCUAGAUACUUUCUCUCAUCAUUUCGAACUGGUCAUAGCCAUCUCUUCUUUUCACAAUAUGUUGCCCCAAGUUGGCUGCAUCAUCUCCCUGGUCCCAAUCCUACUUAGUGUACUAUAAUUCAAGUUUCAGUCUGAUGAGAUAGAGUGUAUUUUAAGAGGAAGAAGGCACAUGUGGGAACCAAAUUUGAAUGGGGAAUAGACGCUUGGAGAGGACAGCUGAAGGAAGAAGAGAAGAAGCUCGUAACCGAAUUGUAGCUGACUAUGGCUUGAUGUUAUUGUGUGUGAGCUGUUAAUAGAAGUUGAGUUAUGCACGGAGAAGCUCUAGAGAAAUCUUCAUUGUAUUCCUACAUUGUGUCAUUUGCUAGGAUAAAUACAGAGGUUAUACAUUCAUUCUUGUCACAAUCCCAAUGUCUAAUCUGUAAUGGUUAAAACAUGCAUAUUUCUCAUUAGAGCCUGUAAGACAAAUACAUACACCAUGAUGGUAGUAAA